AAGUUGAAAACCUGAAAUUCUUUCGUCCGCCAUCACCUUCGUCCCUAAAGAAGCAGCCCGCAGAGUAAAACAGAUCCAAAUCCCAAAAACCUAGAGAAACCCUUUUUGUUUUCUUCCCAGAACCCUAAAUUUUCUAUCUCUGAAAGAUUUCAGAGCUGAAGGAAGAAGAAGUAAUGGGGGCGAUUCCAGUGGUCCGCUUCCCGAUCUUCAGGGCAGUGAGAGUGAUAGGAGUGAUAGUGGCUGCUCUAGUGCUCAUCUGGACCAUACGUUUCCGCGGAGGAUUGGCUCUCAUCUCAGACAACAAAGAUCUCAUUUUCAAUGUCCAUCCCGUGUUGAUGGUGAUUGGACUGAUACUCUUAAAUGGAGAAGCCAUGCUAGCAUACAAGACAGUUUCAGGAACAAAAAGCUUCAAAAAACUUGUUCAUCUUACGCUACAAUUCCUUGCCUUUUGUUUAAGUAUUAUUGGCGUAUGGGCUGCUUUGAAGUUCCACAAUGAUAAGGGCAUUGACAAUUUCUACAGCCUGCAUUCAUGGUUGGGUCUAGCUUGCCUAUUCUUCUUCACCCUCCAGUGGGCUGCUGGUUUUGUGACAUAUUGGUACCCAGGCGGCUCAAAAAAUAGCAGAGCUACCUUACUGCCAUGGCAUGUGUUUGUUGGUAUUUAUACUUACGCCCUUGCUGUUGUUACUGUAACUACUGGUAUUUUAGAAAAAGUCACAUUCCUUCAAACCAACCACAUAAUAUCACGCUAUUCAACUGAGGCUUUGCUGGUGAAUUCUCUUGGAAUAUUGGUCGUUGUGCUGGGAGGUUUUGUGAUUCUUGCUGUUAUUACUCCCACCAAUAAUAAUAGAGGCGACGUUCUCAGAGGAUCGAUAGAGUAAAGCACAAUUGUACUGUCUUAUAGUAUUUAAGCAGACCUAAUUUUACUCUAUAUAUGGAUUACAGGAUUUUGUUAUUGUCAAAAGAUUAAUGUAUUAAAGUAACAAUUCCCUUUGUUCAAUUAGAGUUGAAGAAGGCUCCGUUCCUUUCUCA